ACGGUUAGGAAGAGCAGCUGUGUUUGUGGAGGAAAGAGUUGGGCCUGUGUGGGGCUUUCGAUCAGAUAGGCUUCGGUUCAAGUGUGUCCUUGUUUGGUAUUGGUAUUGCACAUCUGUAUUAAACCCGAAAUAACUGAGCGAGUUUACUUCCUCCACUCGUGGCUGUCUUCUAACUGCAACGGAAAGCUCGUUCCCGAGACCGAAGCGGCCGACGGCGCCUAUACCUGUAUUGCAAGCCAACUGCGACCAGAAUAUCGAACGUCUGUAAGCUGGCAGGGACGUUUUCAUCUCCUAAGAUGUCCUCCGAUGAAGAAAGCACUUUCAGUCCAGUAUUGCCUAAAGAUUCAGAUCAUGGUAGUUCAGUUUCUUCAGAGCUACAGGAUGAGUAUGAAGAGCUCCUACGUUAUGCAGUGGUAACUCCAAAGUGGGAUUCUAGUGGCCUCAGACAGUCGCAUUCCAUGACUAAAUCUGCAGUAUGUGACAAAGCUUUAAGUGCAGUAGCAGCAGGUUCUCCAACAGACCAGGGGAGGCAUGAAGGACAAUGGGCUGCAGGCAUAACUUUGGUCCCUGAGAAACCUGAUUCUGCGCAAAAAGAAAAAUCUGCAGAAGUGCGGGAAGUUUCCCAGAAGAUAACUAUUUCAUCGGCAUCAAAUACAGUUUUGCCUAUAGAAAGGCUGCUUCACUCUGAAAGGACCCCUUCGCAUGUGUCAGUCACAAGAACACCUGUGAUGUCUCAGUCAGUACAUCAUUUGCCUAUUCCAGCUGAAAAUCUGGAUAAGGUAGAAAAUAUACUCAACAUUGCAAGUGACCAACUCAAGGCCAAUAUUCUUUCUGAAAUUCGCCAGUGGAGACUUUCAGUAAUUGAACAACAUAAGCAGGAGUUAAAAGAAGAAAAGGAGAAGCAUGAAGCUCAAAUUGCACAAAUGGCCUCCCAGACCCAGAACUUAAACCAGCUAAUUUGUACUUAUGAGGAUUCUGUUCGAAGAAAAGAUGAGGUGAUUUCCAACUUGAUUCAAGGUCUUAAGAAUCUAAAAGAGAAAAUGGAAUUGAUGCGUAGAUUUACACAGUGGCGACUUCAACAUUCAGAAGCGAAAGCAGAAGAUUAUGCCAAUAUCCUGGCCAACAAGCAUUACAAUUUCUGUCUCAUGAGGAAAGUGUGUACAGCUUGGAAAUCAGUAUUGCAAACAGAAUGGAAAACAAGGGUAGAGAAAGCAUGUCAAGCUCGAGCUGAGGAGGUCUGUGUUGAGCUCUCCAGAGACUAUGAGAAAAAGCUUGAUGCAUCAAAAGAAGAACUGGAAGGUGCAAGAGCAGAGAUACGACGAUUGUUAGCUGAGAAGGACAAGUAUACUGAUUCUAUGAAGAAAGCAUUCAUGCGUGGUGUAUGUGCUCUGAAUUUGGAAGCAAUGAGCAUGUUUCAGAAUGGAAGCAGAAGAGUGGAACAUGCAGAGUCUCUACAUGGAAGGGAUGACUUUGAUUGCUGUCCUUCUGCCUCUGCACCCAAACCAUCAGUUUGUCCUGUUCCAACAACCUUGGAUCCUUCGAUUCCCUUUGACUCCGAUCGGAUGAUUACUUUACAUUUUGGUUCGACAAAUGUUUCCCAGACAAGAUCAGGAGGUGCAUCUACUCCACCAGUUACUACCACAGUGACAACAUCUUCGGCAUUAGGAUUCCAAUCGGCCCAAAAACUGCCUGUGACCAAAUGUACAAGCUCCGUACAGCAAAAAGCUGGGAAAACCAUAGUGGCACGACUGACAGGGCAACAUGACCCAUCCGCAAGAGGGUUUAAAGGUGGAUCAAGCCAGGGAGUGUCUCCACCAAUGACUACAAUCUGUGUGGAAAGGCAUCAUCCAGUUACACAGGUAAUAAGCAAACCAUUGGCCAAGCGACUGCAGCCAAAUAUCCUCGAUCAAGUCAACUCCAGUCAGCCACUGGGGGGAAUGCAAAAUCAUCCACAGUCAGCUGUGGCAUCCAGUCAAUAAAGGUUGUAGACUGAUUGCCUCACCACUAUCAGCAGCUACCUGAAAUGCACACAACGUACCUCAUGGAAACUGAUGAAACAUAGUUUUGUUGCGUUACAACCGAAGACUGAAGACUUGUAAUUGGGAGCAUUAAUUAUUAAUGAAUUAAUCUACAGGCACAAUUGUAAGUGUGUGAUUGCAUAUUCCCAGUUUAACAAAAAAAAUGAGGUUUAUAAAGAGUGGUUCUUAAGCUAUGAUGGAUCAGUGAUUUUUAAAUACUGCAAAAUGUAAUGGGUUGACUGGAGAGAACUUAAAAAUGACUUGUGUUUUAGCCUAUUGGUGAAAGAUCUUUCUAAGCAUGAUUUGUGUGAAGACACUGUGCAUAGGUUUUUCAUAAUGCUGAUAAUGAGUUUGAUUAAUUUUCUAUAAGAGUGAACUCGAGGAUGCGACUGGAUGUAGUACAUGGCUUUCUCAACUGUGAGAUUUGGUUUUGAAAAUAAAAUCCAAUCUUAAAAUCCUCAUCUUGCUGAAAGAGAUGAAACUCCAUUGGCAAUUGGACAAAUACGUGUACUCUAGUUUAUUCUGCUUCUACCAUUAUUUUACAAAUAAUUGAAAUACAGACCGCUUGGAUAUUAAGAUGCUUUUUAUCGCAAUAUCUUAUUUUAACCAAAAAGUAAUGCUAAGCCAAAUAUAGCUUUUAACUAAUAAUUCUCAUUUCCUCUUACCUGGUUCCCUUUCUAAACUAAUCUAUUGUCUAAAAGUUGACCUCUUGUUAACAUGGAUGAACUGUCUCGCUGUUCUUACAAUGCGACAUUACCACGUAAAUGGAGUUUAUAACAAUGCUUUUAUGAAUACCUAUUUGUGUAUCAUUUUUAAGGCAUUGUAGUCAUUAACUUCAUGGAAUAGAGGAAAAGAUGGCCAAAUACAAGAGGUGUAGCCCAAGUAAUUUUCAUUUGUCAUUCUCCUUGUAAACUGAAAUUCACUGAGUAUACAUUUCCUGGAUGCUUUAAGUGGAACAAGUGAGCAGAACACUUGUAUACAAUCUAUACGGUCUGUGUAAGUUGAGAAGAGGGAAUUUGAAAUUGAUGAUUUUGAAUUGUUAGUUUCCAUUUUGUCCUAUGCAGUAAAAAGGUAAAAAUGAUGGGUUUGCUGUGUUAUAGGAGAGGUUUCCAUGGCUUAGCCUUAACUGUAUUAAGAGUAACUAAAAAUGUUCAGAGCAAAAAUUGUUUUGAGCUUGUAUGUCAAGACAGUUAUUAUUAUCAUGUUUUAAAUUCAUAGAAAUUUAGUUUGUUACUUUCAUAAUUAAAGUUUUUUGUUAAAUAUAUUUAUGACUUAAAGUUCAAGUUUUAGUUUAUUCCCAUUGAACUGUAAUGAAUUUGAAUGAUAUAAGAGCACAAAACUUGACUUUAAAAGAAUAAAUGGUUUCUGUGUGUGUGUAUAGGAUUCCUAUUUUUAAACUUCUAUAUUAAAUUUUCUCCUAACAGUAUUACAAAGUAUUCUCAAUUAUUUUAUUUUUCCUUAGGAAUUUUAUUGCACAAAUGAAGAAUAUAACAACCGCUAAAAAUAUUGCAUAGUGUAUUUUAAUUAUUGCUGUGUACUUUAGCAGAAACAUAAAAACAUGUAGGAAUCAAAUAAGUUUUAUCCAAAAUAGUGGGAAUAUACAAGUAACUAGUCUCCUAAACCUUAUGCUCUUUGUUUCAUCACCCAUACAUAGAUUAAGUACAGGCAUGUCGCUGUAAUCUGAUGGGUGCAUGGUCAGAAUGAGUUCUGAAAAAGAACACUAUAAUCAAAAGCAAACUUGUCUAUGACUUCAAUAUAUGAUGAUCAGCAUCAUAAAAAUCUUGGUAAUGGGCAAUAAUAAAAUAGCUCAAGUGACUAAAUCACGCAGCUAAGUGUCCAAAAUGUUAUCUGUCUGAAAUGGUUAUCAGGAUGAUGAUAAUGCCUUGCAAGCACAUGGAGGAUCUUGGAGUUAAUAAACUGAGCUACAAACUUGCAUUUUGGAUUUUAUUUAAUAUUGCCUAUUAGUUUUCUUCCCUCAUUCCCAUUUUAGCUUUCUAAUUUUUUUUUGCUGCCUUUGGACUACUUUUCUGUAUUAGUCUUCUCUUUUCACCCUGAGUACCAUCCCCUGAUUCCUACCUUAAUGCUUCAUGACUCCUUGACCACUGUAUUCUUGUACCUUUUGUUUCCAGUCUGUUUCCUUAAGCCUACAACUUCCAUCAGAAUCCCACCAGUGCCAUUUGAAGCGCCCACUCGUGGAGCUUAUUUCUACUUCCUUGCAGGCAGCAGCUCUGAUACUCUUGCUGAAGCAUAUGGUCACUGGGGAUUAAUUUUACAAGUGCAAUACAUUGGACUUUUUGAUUGCAUCAGCCAUCUCCCUCCAGAAUAUCUGUUCACUAGUAAAAACGGUCUUUCCAAAAAAGGCAUAUAGGGGCAUGGUUUGAAUGGAAAUCUAGAUGAAAUAUGAUCAUUCUGUUCCUAUAAUCUACCUAUGGAGUGCUAUUUUCCACAAUUUUCAUUGCCCAAAUUGUCAAUGGUGGUGUGGCUCUUAACCCCAAAUUUCGUUUUGAUCUGUCAUCCUACAGUUCUGCUGUGACUUACAAGUAAGUGGAUCUUGAUAGCUUUCCACUCCUUUUGUUGCUUGGUUAUGGAGCACCCGUUUCAAAAUGCUUCUACAGUUGUGGAUGCUAUGUCACAAAUUGUAUCCCGCUUGUUUUAGCCACAACCUGGAUCUGUGAGGUUCACAAUGUGAUUAUGAUGGGCAGCAUUUUGGAGGGAUAUUUUGACCAUUGUUGCUGGGAUUCAUAAGUUUUUAAAUGACAAUGGGAGCCUUGAGAAAAGUUUUUUGAUAUUCCAGACUGAGCUUGAACAGAAACCUACGUUCCCCAAGGGUUCUGUGCAGUGGAACUGGUGGCUUGGGCAAGAUGUCCAAACUGAUGUGUUAAAUUUAUUGCAGAAACUAGCAUCUUUUUCUUAUUUUUUAAGAAAGGAACCUGCCCAUCUUGAUGACAAAUUACCUUGCUACUUUGGUUUCAGGUUUCUACUUUUCUUCCAGUGUAAGUACUAUUCUCUUCAAUAAUUUUCAAUAUCGGAAAUGGAUAUCUGGAUUAUCUAAUGUGGUUCUGCUGAUGGGGGAAAAGAAGUUGAAUAUCAAUUAAAUGCUAAUUUAUUCAUUUAGCAUGUAAACAUUUGACCAUCUUAAAUCUGUACAACUAAACAAUGGAUCAUUGAUGAUGAUCAAUGUCUACUUAAGAUCAUAACACAUGGGCAGAAUUAGGCUAUUCAGUUCAUCAUUUCUUCUCUGCCAUUCUAUCAUGGCUGAUGUAAUAUCCUUCUCAAUCCCAUUCUCCUGCCUUUCUCCCCAUAACCUUUGAGGCCCUUGCUAAUUAAGAACCUAUCAGCCUCCGCUUUGAGUAUAUCCAAUGACUUUGCCUCCACGGUCACCCGUGGUAAAGAAUUCACAGAUUCCCAACCCUAUGGCUAACGACAUUCUUCCUCAUCGCUGUUCUAAAAUGUUCUUCUUCUUUUGAGGCUGUCCCCUGUGGUCCCCCCACUAUAAGAAACAUCCUCUCCAAGUUUAGUCUAUGUAGGGUCUAAGCCUUUCAAUAUUUGAUAGGUUUCAAUGAGAUUUCUGCUUAUUCUUCAAAACUCCAGCGAGUACAGGCCCAGAGCUGUUGAACACUGUUCAUAUGUUAACCCUUUCAUUCCUGGGAUUAUUCUCGUUAUAGUAAUGCCAACUUGUAAUAAUAUUCUCAACUAGACAUUGAUAAUA